AUGUCUGCGGCAGUGCAGCGGCGUCCUACGCGUAGCGUAUCUUCCGAAGAUGACGCAUCACCAGCUGCUGCAGCAGCAGCAGCAGCAACUCCCGCAACAGCAGCAGCAACUCCCGCAACAGCAGCAGCAACUCCCGCAGCAGCAGCAGCAGCAGCAGCAGCAGCAGCAGCAGCAGCAGCAGCAGCAGCAGAGCCUCUGGAGCUGCGGCAGCGCGUAGGUUUAACUGAAAUGAGUUUCUAUUACUGCCCCGGCACAGAAACCCCCAAAGGCGUCGCCCUGGGGCCCACAGCCUGGCUGCAAGUGCAGCAGCAACAACGGUAA